GAAACCACAACCAGCUACCAGUUCACUUAGAAAGUUUGAAACACCAUGAAGUUCACCUACACUUUAUCCCUUUUGGUUUUGUGCCUAACUUUAUCCUUAACCUUCACCAAUGCUGCAAAUUUCAACAUUAUAAACCAAUGUACCUACACAGUUUGGGCAGCUGCUUUCCCAGGCGGUGGCAGGCGGCUCGACCGAGGCAAAUCAUGGUCCCUAAACGUGGCUCCUGGCACCACCCACGCUCGCAUUUGGGGCCGAACCAAUUGCAACUUUGAUGCCAAAGGCCAAGGCCACUGUCAAACAGGUGACUGCAAAGGGCGCCUCGAGUGCCAAGGCUAUGGAAGUCCUCCAAAUACGAUAGCUGAAUUCUCCCUAAACCAGCCUAACAACUUAGACUACAUCGACAUUUCCAACGUUGAUGGAUUCAACAUCCCAAUGGAGUUCAGCUCCGUUACUCGUUGCCGUAAUAUCAGAUGUUCAGCGCCUAUUGUUGAUCAAUGCCCAGCUAAGCUAAGAACUCCAGGUGGAUGCCACAAUCCGUGCACUGUUUUUAAAACAAAUGAGUAUUGUUGCACCAAUGGCCCAGGAAGCUGCCGCCCGACCGACUUCUCCAGGUUCUUUAAGAGCAGGUGCCCUGAUGCUUAUAGCUAUCCUCAAGAUGAUCCCACAAGCUUGUUUACUUGCCCAAGUGGUACAAAUUAUAGGGUUGUCUUCUGCCCUUAAAUAAAGCUAGAUAUUUAAGAAAAGUAGAUUAUGAAGAAAUAAACG